GUGCUUCGUCGCUGCCGACUGCAUAGACUCCUGCUCUGCGUCGGGGUCUAACAUCACGGAGUGGAACGUGGAAACGCUGACCUCGGACGAUCAGAGGCGUCCUGUCCUCUCCAAAUUACUGCGCACCCUUCGGCACAUCACAAAAGCCAUACGCCUAGGCAGAAAAUGCGCCGGGCGCCAAAAAUGGAAUUUUCUCCAGCGGCACUUGAACAAAACAGAACUGGAGGCCGAGGUGCCCGUCUACCUGGAACACGUCUCCAGCUACUCACGGAAUGUUGCCCAGUUGCUCUCACAUGGUGUGAGGCAUAUAUCAGCAGCUUUGGUUCCGUUCGCAUUCGACAUCAUGGAUACUCACCCGAAUGAUGAGCUACUCAGUACCUGGAUUAAUCACGUGGAGCAUAUGAGGGACAUGCUACACACGAAAUUAAGGGGAUGGAUACAGGAUAUGCAAUACGUCAGCGAGCAGACAGCGAAUUACAAGGUGGAAGAAGACAAGAAGUCGCCUGGGAAGUAUAUAAUAAGGCUGCCGCUGUUGAAUGAUCGCCUGCUGUCGUACCACGGGCAGCACCUCGCCUUUCGCGACGACUUCAGCGCGCAGUGUGAGAAGCAACAGCCAGAGGCGUCGUCAAUGUUCGCUCUCGCCGACGUGCUCUACGGCUUCUACUACCACGUCUGGUUCAACGAAGCUCGAAGUUUCCUGCCGCUUUACGAAGUUCAUUACCGUACGACCGCCAGGCCUGGAGUACCAGACGAACGUCCUAUCUACAUCAAAGGCGAGGAGUGGCAGCUGGAGGACAAAAGCAACGCUACGCUGUCCGUGGACACUGGCUGCAUGCAGCUGUUGGCCAACGCCCUGGACCACCCCAUGUGCCCACUGGAAGACCUGCCUCCGGAAACCAUUAAGCGGCGCAAGCAGUGCCGUGUGCAGCUGUGGCACGACCUGUCGCAGGGGUCGCCCCACAUACCCGUCACCAGCUACCUGGCCUACACGCAGAGGGCCAACGUCAACCUCUGCCUCUUCGCCUGGAUGACUGUGCUCAGUCAUACUCAAGAACUGACUACACCUCAGGAAAAAGCCAAAUGCGUGGCGCGGUAA